GCAUGAAGAAUUGUUACUCUCCCAAGCUUUAAAAGCGGCCAACAGACUGUGAAGCAGCAUCAGUCUCAGGCAGUUUUCCUUCUAGUGAAGAUCACAAGAAUCAAAAAAAAAAUCUAAACAAAAUGUCUCUUGAACGUGCUGUUCGUGCUAAGAUUGCUGGCAAGCGCAAUCCAGAAAUGGACAAAGAAGCUCAAGAAUGGAUUGAAGCUAUUCUUGGACAGAAAUUCGGUGCUGGUCAAGAAUAUGAAGAUGUCUUGAAAGACGGUCAAGUUUUGUGCAACUUAAUCAACAAAUUGCAACCAAACUCCGUACCAAAGAUCAACAGCUCUGGUGGUCAAUUCAAGAUGAUGGAAAACAUUAACAACUUCCAAAAAGCCUUGAAAGAUUACGGUGUAGCAGAUUUGGAUGUUUUCCAAACUGUUGACUUGUGGGAAAAGAAAGAUAUUGCACAAGUUACCAACACCAUUUUCGCUUUGGGCCGUGCUUGCUACAAACACGCAGAAUUCCCCGGUCCAUUCUUGGGUCCCAAGCCUGCUGAUGAAUGCAAACGCGAUUUCUCUGAGGAACAAUUGAAAGCUGGUCAAACAAUCAUUGGUCUCCAAGCUGGUCAAAACAAAGGUGCCACACAAGCUGGACAAAACAUUGGUGCUGGCCGCAAAAUCUUGCUCGGCAAGUAAAUCAAUUAAUGGAUACUCAAUUAACAACAAACAAGAGCAAUGUUGUGAUUUGUCUGAUAAUUUAAAAUCUAUUAUUUAUUUAUAUUUUUAUUAAAAAUUUUUUUAUAUAAAUUUAAUUAUAAGUUAAAAUUAUUCCUCACAUAAAUACACGUACACACUAAAGCAAAGAAGAAACACAAAACACAAAUUGUAUACUGUACAUCCUUAAAUGGAAGUGAAAGAAGAUGAUACUUUUUAAGGAUAAAGAAAAGAAAUCGCUUAUGUUAGCUUAUUAAGUUUAAACUUAAGCUAUUUUGUAUGAAAAUUUGGAAAAAAAUUUAGAGUGGAAAAUAAUUUAUAACAAUAAAGAAACGCGUUUCAAAAACAA